AUUAUUGUAGUAAACAAACAUCACUAUUCUCUUUGUAAUUCUCAAGAAAGCUGUGUAAUAAAAAGGACAACAUGUGUGUCCCCCAAACAAUUUUAAACAAUUUCUAGUAAAAAUCCUAAAACUUUAACAUUCUCGCACAUGAACCCCACUUGCUCUCUCUUCUUCUUCUACUUCUUCGCCUCACUUCUCACUCUGUUCCACACUUUAACUAACUCACAACACUACGGCCAAACUAACUUUCAAUAUCAGUAAUGAGAGAGCUUGGGCGGUUGAAGACGAGCACAAACCAUCAACCAUGGCCGCCCAUUGGAGCACCGAUGAAUCUCCGGCGAGAAGAACCAUGUAAAUCUCGAUUCGACGACGACUCAGUUAACGCCGUCUCCUUUGGUUUCGUAGCUACAGCCAUUCUCAUCUCAAUGUUCCUCGUCAUGGCUAUCUUCGAGAAACUCAUUCGAACUACAACUACUAACCCAGAUUCCUCUUCUGGUCGGAUCCUUUCGGGUAUGGAUUCUCGGGUCGGGUUGAGUGGCUCAGCAGCAUCUAAGCUCGGUUACCAAUCUCCAAAGAUGACUGUUUACGCGAACGGUGUAUCAGUAUUGAUGCCAGGAGAUGAUAUCCCUACUUUCAUUGCUCAUCCAGUUCCGGUGCCUCGUCCUCCACAACACAUAUCACAGUCUCAGCAUCAACAUAGCUCAUCAAGAGAUUCCUCCAACUCAAACUCCAUUCAAGAAUGUUGAAAGACUGUUUUCUUUAUCAUGUAUAUAUCACCCAUUGGCCUAAUAAACAUUCCAGCAACCACAUUGAGUGGAGUUGCGUUUGGCAUCGAAUGUUUUUUUAUUUUCUCCCGAUGAUCUCACUACAUUGAUUGGGUUCAUGGAGAUUAUUUAUGCGUAUUUUGUGUACAUAUAUCAUUAAUAUUUUAAAAAAACUGGUUUACGUAUAUUCAAGACUUCAACUUGGGUUGCAUUGAUACACAAAACAUUUGUUGGUAAUAUGCAACUAUAUUUAUAGCUAAAACAAAGCCAAAAAUAUGCAUAUGCAAAGUCAAAACUCACAAUCAACAGCUAGAACGAUCUCUCUGAGCUGAUCAAUUGCUAUGUAUGAUGUCAUUGUUUCAUCAUUGUUUGGUAGCAAAUAGAGGGAGACGUUGAGUUUAUUGCCUUAGUUUGCUUGACGGGGUAAACGAUAUAUGUUAAUACCGUUGCAUAUUGAAACUCUUCCACUUUUGGCUAUUUCAAUCUCUUUUAUCUUUACCUAAGGAAUGCAAUGAGACUUAAAGUAUUUAAUUAACGUCAUGCAUGACUUAUUUUACAAAAUCACUUGUCAACCACCUAUAUAUCAAUAAGACAAACUUGCUAACUUUAUUCUUCUAUAUUUGGUAAUAUAAACUGUAACGUUUUACCGCUAUUGCCGUUUUGAGAUGUCUUCAAACUUUUUCCUUUUGCUAAAGUUUUAGUUCACGUAACAUAACUAGAUGGUAAUUUUCAUUGGCUAUGUAUUUGAUACAACGUAAUACCAUGAAAUGAACUCAUAUGGUAAACCUAUAAACAAUAGAGGCCUAACAACAUACUGAGAUUCACUGACAAAGUGACAAGUACGGCCUGGUUAAAUUGUAUUCAUGUUCUGUGUUCUUGGGACAACACAAAGGCAGUCUG